UACUGUAAUCUCCAUUUUGAAUGUUUUUAUCGUGUAUGGUUUUAUGGCACGCCUCUUUUCUCAUGGCCGAAAACGAGUAAAUUGCCUGGAUUACCUCGAUGGUGUUAGGAAUUCAGACUAAAACGCUGGACGACAUUUGGCCUGUGUUAUUUUUCAGGCAGCUUGCGAUUUCUCUUCUUGAGACGCGACCUCGGACUUGUAUAUACAGUGAAGGCUUUGAUGUUGUUGCUACUCGCUAACAGCAGAAACCUCUAAUCAAAACAAUGUCAUAUGAUGCAAAUAUCAAAUAUCAAACGUAAUGAGAGAUGGAUCAAAGAGGACUGAAGAACGGCACAAAGAGAGAUGAGCGCUUGAAUACAUUGGAUUGCAGUAACAGCUCAGCUGAGGGGAUUUUGCGAAGUGGAAUACAAAGCACCAUGUCAGUCGCCCCAGCCUCUAUGGUUCCUCAAUCCAAUCCAUUGAUGCAGCCAGUUUCUGGGGACCUUCCCAAUGGCCUUAGCAGUUCACCCACUCUAAAGGAGCACACCACCUCUGUAUCCUCCACACUCGGAUUCUUUAUGGAGGAUUCAGAACUUAAAAUGGGGAAGGACCAGAGGGCUCAGCAAAACCAGACUCUGGCCCCUUUCACUCUGGGGGACAACUUCUCAGGUCUGGAGGCCAGCAUUGCACACCUCAAUAGCACCUCUUCUUCAAUGGACUCCCUGAUUGGUGGAGUGGAUCCCAAUCUCUUUCCUUUAAAAACAGAGGACUUUUCUCCCAUGGAUAAAGGCGAUAUGGACUUUGACCAAGAUUCCUUCGGGCCCAUCGGGAAGGAUGUUGACAUUGGUAAUAAGCUCUUUAGUGACAACACUCUGGACCUCCUGCAGGACUUUGAGUUAGAAGGCUCGCCCUCUGAUUUCUACAUGGGAGAUGAUGCGUUCCUCUCCACCAUUGGAGAUGAUGCUUUGCUUGGAGACUUGCCAACAAAUUCAGAGAGGGACUCAAAGCUGGUGGUCUCAAUGAGCAGCAUUGUUAAUGGCACAACUGGUUCCAGCCCCUCCAGCACCAACAUUGUCACCACCACCAGCUCACCCAUUGUAAAGGUGGAGAAGGACUCCAUAAUUCAAUUGUGUACUCCUGGGGUCAUCAAGCAGGAGAACACUGGGACUAACUAUUGUCAGACAAGUCUCUAUAGCACACCCAUUUCUAUUUGUGGUGUCACCACUUCAAGUGGACAGAGCUUCCUCUUUGGAACCAGCUCAUCCAUGGCUGGUGUCAGUCAGCAAAAAGAUCAGAAGCCUGUCUUCAAUGUGUACACCCCUCUGGCUUCUUCAGAAGAAGGUUGGAGCAGGGGCCAGGGCUAUGGAAAUGCAAAUGGAAUUUCCAAAACCUUCACAACCACCUAUGUCAGUCCCGCAGUGAGACCUGAAAAUUGCACACCCUCAACCGGGGGAAAGUCCGGCACCACCACGCACAAGAUUUGUCUGGUGUGCUCCGAUGAAGCUUCAGGCUGCCAUUAUGGAGUCCUCACCUGCGGAAGCUGCAAGGUCUUCUUUAAAAGAGCAGUUGAAGGGCAACACAAUUAUCUGUGUGCUGGGCGGAACGAUUGCAUCAUUGACAAAAUCCGCCGGAAGAACUGCCCUGCUUGUCGUUUCCGCAAAUGUCUCAUGGCAGGCAUGAACCUGGAGGCCCGUAAGACCAAGAAGCCCCGUCCAUCCGGCAAGGUAGUCCUUCAGCAAUCGAUUCCCGAGAAUACACUCCCUCCACUGCCCGAGGCACGGGCACUGGUGCCAAAACCCAUGCCUCAGCUGGUGCCAACCAUGUUAUCUCUACUGAAGGCCAUCGAGCCAGACACUAUCUACGCUGGAUACGACAGCACCCUACCUGACACUUCCACCCGCCUCAUGACCACUCUGAACAGGCUGGGUGGCCGGCAAGUCAUCUCUGCGGUCAAAUGGGCCAAAGCUCUGCCAGGCUUCCGAAACCUUCACCUGGAUGAUCAGAUGACCCUCCUGCAAUGCUCCUGGCUCUUCCUCAUGUCUUUUGGAUUAGGCUGGAGAUCAUACCAGCAGUGUAAUGGAAAUAUGCUGUGUUUUGCUCCAGACCUGGUGAUUAACCAAGAGAGGAUGAAGCUGCCGUACAUGACUGAUCAGUGUGAACAGAUGCUGAAGAUCUCCAAUGAGUUUGUCAGGCUGCAAGUUUCAAAUGAUGAAUACCUGUGCAUGAAAGUCCUUCUGCUGCUGAGCACAGUGCCGAAGGAUGGUUUGAAGAGCCAAUCAGUGUUCGAUGAGCUACGAAUGUCCUAUAUUAAAGAAUUGGGCAAGGCCAUUGUGAAGAGAGAGGAGAACUCCAGCCAGAACUGGCAGCGAUUCUAUCAGCUAACUAAGCUACUGGACUCCAUGCAUGAUAUGGUGGGUGGACUCCUGAACUUCUGUUUCUACACCUUUGUGAAUAAAUCCCUGAGCGUGGAGUUUCCCGAAAUGCUUGCGGAGAUCAUCAGCAACCAGUUACCAAAAUUCAAAGCUGGGAGUGUCAAACCGCUGCUCUUUCACCAGAAGUGAAGCUCCUCCCAGCAGCAGGACAUGAUGCCUUAAAUGCUCACCCCGUUCCGUCUCCCCUCUCCACCCGCAACAGCAGACUUAAGGAGGGAGUGCAGUGUGCACUGCAGCAUGGGGAGAGUGAAUGGCGGGGACUGUAUGCAACCCAGCACAGAACUCCAUUAUUGAUGAAAAAAAAAGUGGAAUCAGAGGAAGAGACGGGUAAUUAAAGCAAAGAGGUUCUAAAAAGCUAAUGACAUAACUGUUAAUCUUAUGGAUAGUGACAGAUUAUCCCAUACAUGUUGUCUCAGGUGUUUUGACUUCCAGCAUAAACAAUUAAUAGAGGAAAGCUAAUUCUCUAAGGUCACUAUAUGUAGUUUCAAACGCCUUUUAUUUUUGGAGCAGAUGCAGAGCCACAGCACUUACAGUACAGUUCAAUAUGCACAGAUUAUUUAGUACACAUAUUAACUUUUCAAAACAUGGUCUUUUAUGUCAAAAUAGAGACUUUUUAACUUCAUCUGAUACAAGUGUGAAAUAAUUUCAAUAAUAUGUACAGUAAUAAUGGCUUCAGCUUGGUUUGGAAAUCAAAUACAUUUUGUAUAACAGCAUAUCUUUACUGUUUUAAACGUCAUGUCGCUAACUGCUAAAAAAUUACAUUAUAUAUAUAUAUAUAUAUACAGAAAAGGGAAAAUGUGCCUUUUUUUUUAGCUUAUUUUUAGCCGUUUUCUUUACCUGUCCACACCAGACAUUUUGCAUCCGCUGCGUUAGGACUUCUUCAUAGUUGAUUGUACUUUUAUACCCAAUUGCACUUGUAAUUUUACAAAUGGCUGUGUUCAUUUUUGGCUGCUCGGUGAUCUGUUGCGUGAACUAAAGAAAUGUAUCCUUAUUGAUAUAGCAUAGAUAUAAGGAGUCUGACGAUCGGCAUUCUUUCUAUGUUGGUUGGACGUCAGUUGAGAAAUGCAAUUUGAGCACUUUCACUCCUUUUAAAUGCUUUAAAAAAGCUGGUUUAAGUUUGAUUUGCAGAAUUAUACUAUAUGUAAGAAAGCCAUUUCUUAUUAAUUUUCACCCGUUAAUUCAUAUAGGAAUUAUGUAAUGUGAAUCCUGUCUAAGAAAUGUUUUAUGUUUUUGUGUGUUGUCUUUGUUCCUUCACUAGUAGUGCAGCAGCAUUACACAACCAAAACAAUGUAUGCAUUUAACAUUACAUAUAACACUCUGGUUUAAGGUGAAUGUUUUUUUUUUUUGUCCCUGAUAAGGAAUAAAACACAAUACAAUCAUACAUAGAUACACCAAACAUCACAACUCAGGCCCGAUUCAAUUAUAUUUUCAGUAUAUUUCUAUUACGGCAGUAUACAGUACUUUUUUUUUUUUCAUCAGGUGGAGACUAAUCCAUCAAAUUAACCUUGUUUUUUUUUCGUUCUGAGUGCUAACGAUCUUUGUUGGUUGAGUGAUACUGUAGUGCAGGAGCAGGGUUAACUCUGGGAAUUUUUACUCACCUGUAAUGAUGCAAUCUGUUAUUUCUGUGCCAAACAUAUACUGAUUUUAAUUUGUACAAUCUGAAACUGUGUCUUAACAGCUGGUAUACAUUUGAGAGGCGUAAAAAAAAAAAGAUUAAUAUUUUGAAUUUCUUCUGUGAAAGUGUAAUACUUAAAACAAACAGAUGAUAACUCCAGCUUCAACCUGCUUAGCAUUGCAUUGUGUGGUACAGAUUUAGAAAUCGUUAAUCUCAAAUUCAAAUCAAUAUCCGAGCAGUACUUUUCACACUUUGCUCUUCCCUUCCUACAGAUAUAUAUAUGAAUAAAAAGAUGUAUUUACAUGAA